UAACUCUAUUACAGGGAAUGACUUGUCAGGACACAGCUUUGUCCAUCUGUGAUCUCACUAAAAUCGUCAUGGAUUCAUUCGGUGCCAUCAGCACUCGACUUGGGUUUGAUCUUUUCAAAGAGCUGAAGAAAACGAAUGACGGUAACAUCUUCUUUUCCCCUGUGAGCAUCUCAACUGCCAUUGGCAUGCUUCUCCCAGGGACUCGAGGAGCCACCGCUUCCCAGUUGCAGAAGGUGUUUCACUCUGAAAAAGAUACGAAGACCUCAGGAAUAAAGGCUGAAGAAAAAGAGAUUGAGAAGACAGAAGCAAUACAUCAACAAUUCCAAAAGUUUUUGACUGAAAUAAGGAAACUCACUAAUGAUUAUGAACUGAACAUAACCAACAGGCUGUUUGGAGAACAAACGUACCUCUUCCUUCAAAAAUACUUAGAUUAUGUUGAAAAAUAUUACCAUGCAUCGCUGGAACCUGUUGAUUUUGUAAACGCAGCAGAUGAAAGUCGAAAGAAGAUUAAUUCCUGGGUUGAAAGCCAAACAAAUGAAAAAAUCAAGGACUUGCUCCCAGGUGGCUCUAUUAGUAGCUCUACGAAGCUGGUGCUGGUGAACACAGUUUAUUUUAAAGGGCAAUGGGACAGGGAGUUUAAGAAAGAAAAUACCAAGGAAGAGAAAUUUUGGAUGAAUAAGAACACAAGUAAAUCUGUGCAGAUGAUGACACAGAGCGAUUCCUUUAGAUUCACUUUCCUGGAGGACUUGCAGGCCAAAAUUCUAGGGAUUCCAUAUAAAAACAAUGAUCUAAGCAUGUUUGUGCUUCUGCCCAAUGACAUCGAUGGUCUGGAAAAGAUAAUAGAUAAAAUAAGUCCUGAGAAAUUGGUGGAGUGGACUAGUCCAGGGCAUUUGGAAGAAAGAAGGGUGAAUUUGCACUUGCCCCGGUUUGAGGUGGAGGACAGUUAUGACCUUGAGGAAGUCCUGGUCGCCAUGGGGAUGGGUGACGCCUUCAGUGAGCACAAAGCUGACUACUCGGGAAUGUCCUCGCACUCCGGGUUGUAUGCCCAGAAGUUCCUGCACAGUUCCUCUGUGGCGGUCACCGAGGAAGGCACCGAGGCUGCAGCUGCCACCGGCCUAGGCUUUACUGUUACAUCAGCCCCCGGUCAUGAAAAUGUCCACUGCAAUCAUCCCUUCCUGUUCUUCAUCAGGCACAAUGAAUCCAACAGCAUCCUCUUCUUUGGCAGAUUUUCUUCUCCUUAAGAUGAUUGUUGUCAUGGCAUUGCUGCUUUUAGAAAAAACCACCAGUGUUAUUCAUAUGAUUAUGAAAAUCAUCCAUUCUUUUUUUUAUUAAAUUUUUUUUAGACAGAGUCUUGCU